UCUCUUCAAUUAGAUCUCUUUGGUCAGGUAGAUCUCUUUUUCGAUUUUCACUGUCUCGGGAUUCGCCAAAUGUUUAGCAUUUGACGCCGGCCAGUCGCAAUGUCUCGGGGGAACGACUUGGAUGCGGAUCUGGAGGUGGAUCUCCAGGAGGGGGACAGGGAUAGCCAGUCGGCGGCCACCACUGUCACGCUGGAGGAGCGCCAUGGCAAGCCCCAGGUGCGAUUCUUCAGCAUCGGACCCAGCAGCUACCAGGUGCGGUGUCCAUUGUGCCAGCAGAAUUCGAAAACGGAAACCGUGGAGAUGACAGGAGCACUGGGCCAGCUCAGCUGCCUCUUGUCCACUUUGUCCUGUUGCUUUCCCAUCUUUGCUUUGACGUUCGUCUACUCCUGCCUGCAAAGUCGCCUGAAAUCGAAACGUGUGUUCUGCAGCCGAUGCGGUGGUCACCUGGGCUUCCACUGGCGUCCCACUUAGUGCGCUUGCCACUUAGAUGGCUCUCUGAAAUCCACGCAAAUGAUCUAUAAAUAAACCGGCAGCUGUUGUCAAAUUUUUUAAUAAGUUA